CAUGAUACGUUAUCGUAAAUAGAAUGAUUGGGUGAAAGACACUGCCGAGAGGAUCGAGUGUAACAGAGAAAGUUGCAGAAAGCCGUAACACAAGAUAGACCAUGGACCCCACAUUAAUGCUUGAACUUGUAACUCCACCCUCCCCAAUGAUAAAAAGAAGGGAAAAAAAAGAAAAGGAAGACGACAUCCAAACACAGAAGCGAUAGCCAAAACCAGGCAGGCGACCACCACCUCCUCGUCAAAGUUUUUGCUCAACUAACAUUACCUUAUAGACCAUAAAGGAAGAAACAGAGUAUAAAUAUUUAUAAUAUGGAAGGUAUUGUAGUAAGAAGGGCUAUUCCCUCAGACAAUAGUUGCCUCUUCAAUGCGGUUGGGUAUGCUAUCGACCAUGACAAGAAAAAAGCUCCUGAGUUGAGACAGGUUAUAGCAGCAACAGUAGCAAGUGAUCCAACUAAGUAUUCUGAAGCAUUUCUCGGUAAACCAAAUGAAGAGUAUUGUUCUUGGAUUCUUGACUCUGAGAAGUGGGGAGAAUGUUUAUGCCCAUUUUCGUAUGGGGUACUUUUGACAAGAGCUCUGCUGAUCUAUGAUGGGCUUCAUUACGAUGCUUUAGCUAUGUCACCCUUUGAGGAGCUCCAGAGGAGUUUGAUCAGACUAUAUUUGCAGUUAAGGACAGUGCCAUUGGGCCGGUUGAGGGGCUCGCUCUUAAUCUUGUGAAAAAGGAACAAAGGUAGUGCUUAUGGUUUCAUGGUGGCUUCUAUCCAUAGUGCACAUACAAACACUACUACACAUAAUAUGUGAAAACAUUAAAUGUUCCUUGGGCUUUUAGUCUGGAAUUAGCAUGUUGAGAUGAUAAAAAUACAGAGCAUGUGAUUUAGGGGAUUAUUUCUGAUACUUCCACUCUAAACAUGUAGUUCAGUGUGCAGAAGUUUUCUAGUUCACUAUACAUCGACCAACCUAGUUUACAAACCUAUACAAGUUGAAGAGACAAUAUAUUUUUAAGUUCUAGUACACUGUCUUGAAAUUUUUUUCCAGAUCUCUAUGUACUGAGGGCAUCCUAGUUGUUGAACCUGAAUAGUACUAACAGUGCACGCUUAUUACUCCGUGCAUGCAAAAUCUGGUGUAUGAAUUUCAAAAUAAAUUUGUUCUCGACUUGAGAUGAUUGAGAACUAUAGGACAUUUCUAAUGUGUUUAGUCUGUAUGUAAAGUUUUCAAUCAAUGCCUAUCCAAUAGAAAAAAAGGGGAUAAAAAGAUUAAUUUUGUUUGAACUUUUUUCCCAUGUUUUGCCUACUAUGUUAUCAAAAUGCUUGAGGUAAUAUGUGUUUCGUCGCUCUUGGUUCCAUUUUGUGCUCCUACUACUCGUAUAGCUCAGGUAUACCAAAAUUAUGCCCUAAUACCAUGAGGCUGUGGAGCAUGCACGAGCGCAGGGCAUGUCAACUUUCAAGAAUACAGAUAACAUAGAUAUAGUCCCAAUUUCAUUGCAGUGUAAUACCUUUGUAUUCACUUAUUGUUUCAUGGUCCGUCAAGUAAGUAUAAGUAACGUUGGAUUAUUAAAAGGCCAAUGUUGUGAUUCUAUGUAGUCUGGGAAACGUUGUACUGUACCAACAAAAAACAAAAAGAAGAAACAUAGAAAAGUACUGUUGUAGCAGGUUUCCCAUCAUUUUAUGGAUCAAAUGGAAUCUGGUGAAUCGAUCGAAUACCC